AUGAUAAAAGUUGAUCUAGAAGAAGGAGUCAGAGAAACAGGAGGAAAAAGAGCUGAUAUUAUUCACCUGACAGAAGAAGACAUAGAAAGUAAAGACGAUUCUUCAAAAUCAGAUAGAAGAUCUCGUAAAAAACAUGGCUAUGGUCGUGAUGGUUCUAAUACUCCUCAUACAGGUUCUACUCCUACUAUUGGUUCUAAUAAUCCUAAUAAAGGUUCUCCUCCUAUUACUGUUCCUACUACUUGUACUACUGGUUCUACUGUUCCUGGUUCUAUUAAUGUGUUGAGAUCAAACACCAAUAGUAUCAAAAAGCAUUGA